AUGGAGGAGAUCAUCGCGGGGCUGGCAGAGAUCACUUUCGCCUUUGAGCAGGAUGUGGAAUUGCAGAGAGGCACUGGGCUCCUGCCUUUCCAGGGCAUGGACAAGUCCAACUCAGCUGUGUGCAACUUCUUCGCUAAAGGGCUGUGUGAGAAAGGGAUGCUGUGCCCGCUUCGGCACGAGAAGGGCGAGAAGAUGGUGGUGUGCAAACACUGGCUGCGGGGGCUCUGCCGAAAAGGGGACUGCUGUAGCUUCCUGCACCAGUAUGACGUGGACAGGAUGCCCGUGUGCUAUUUCCACUCCAAGUUCGGUAACUGCAGUAAUAAGGACUGCUCUUUCCUCCACGUGAAGCCAGCUCCCAAGCUCCAGGACUGCCCUUGGUAUGACCAAGGGUUCUGCAAGGACGUAGGUCCCCUGUGUAAAUACCGCCAUGUCCAUCAAGUAAUGUGUCUCAACUACUUCACCGGCUUCUGCCCCGAGGGACCUAAGUGCCAAUUUGGGCACUGGAGAUCAUCUAGCAAGUAUCUGCCUAGUGAUUUUCACUGCCCUGCUAACGACUCCGCGCCCCACCCCACCCCCCAGCCUCUGGAUGCUGUUGGCCGGGUGGACUCCAGCCCCUCCCUCUUGAACAGCACUCACAAUGGGGCAGGCAGGUUGUCAACCAGCGCAGGGAUCCAGCGACUCCAGCUUUUUCCAACAGAAGGCCGCUUCCCAGGCAAAGUCUGUGGUCCACCAUCAGAAGAGAUGGGACUAGCCUCCUGCCUGCCCAAUCUGCACCAGAAGUAA